ACUUUAUCCUCGACCCAACCCACCUCCGAAUGAUCGAGAUUCUACGGUGACGGAAACGUCCCCCGGUCUAAAUAUAUAUCCCCUCGUGCCCGCCGCACCGACCGGAAACCCAGAUCCAACAUGGCGAGCCUCGACGGCAUCCUGAUCGGAAUUUUAUCCUCCUUCGGUUCUGCUAUUCUCAUAGCUCUCAUUUUCCUUAUCGUCUACUUCUUUAGAUACACAACCUCCGGUCGCAUCUUCCUCGACCGGAUCGGUCGGCCUGGCGAAUAUGACGACGAGCAGGCAUUUGCAAGGGAGGAGGCUGAAGCCCUGGAGUCUAUGGAUGAUAUGCAAAGGACAGAAUAUCUAAGAGCCAAAGCAUUUAUCCAAGCCAAUCCGCCUGAGUCGGUCCAGACGGACAUUUCUUUAUCACAGUACCUAGCUAUACAAGAGAAAGGAGUUUCGGCGUGGGAAUUCGAACCCGAGCUGGAAAUCGCCAACUGCUUUGUGGAGGGGAGAACUGAGAUCGAAUUCUUCGACUCCGAAUGCACCGUAAUGAGCAACUUACCCGUUCCAAAACAAAACGAAGUUUACUAUUGGGAGGCCAAAGUAUACGAUAAGCCCGAAACCACGUUACUGAGCAUCGGCAUGAGCACGAAGCCGUACCCGCUGUUCAGACUUCCGGGGUUUCACAAGUACUCUAUUGCGUAUACAUCUAUCGGCGCUCGGCGAUAUAACCAGCCCUUCAGCGCAACACCUUAUGGGCCCCAGUAUGUGCAGGGCGACGUUAUCGGAGUUGGUUAUCGACCUAGGACAGGGACCAUUUUCUUCACUCGCAACGGCAAGCGGCUAGACGAUGUAGUGCAUGGCCUGAAGUCACAGAACUUCUUCCCAUCCAUUGGCGCAAAUGGGCCGUGUACCGUACACGUCAAUCUUGGCCAGGCCGGUUUCGUGUUCAUCGAGGCUAAUGUGAAGAAAUGGGGACUAGCCCCAAUAACCGGUAGUCUGGCACCGCCGCCACCGUACGGAAGUGAACAGGGAAGUAUCUUACUUGAGACCGGCCGUCGGAAAGAUGAGUACUCAGGUUCGCCGGUUAGAGGUCACGGUUAUUCUCAGUCUGUACAAAGGUACAAUGGCCCAGGUUUAGAUCCAGGUCAUGGGCGGACGAGGAGUGGCAACUUUAGAGUACUUCCGCCCACGAGUCCAGGGCCGCAAAGGAGUCCUACUGAUAUUUCCCUUGCACAGCUGGUUCCCCCAGAUGAAAUAGGCGAGGCAAGCAACAGCGGCAAUGAUGCAGGUCACCCAGGGGACCACGUCAUUGAUGUUGUUGGGCUAGGUCUCCACGAAGCCUCACAUCCUCCACCCGAAUAUACUAGCCCAGAGCACUCAGAUGAGGAAAGCUCUGGCAGCGGUUCCGAUAGCGACCGAGUCCCAUUGAUUAGGACGGGACGUAGCCGUGGAGCAUCUGCGGCCACCUUAAGACCGAACAUCCCACCGAUUCCUAGCUAUAGUGAUGCUGUUCGACAAGGCGCUGGUAGGGACAGGAGCCGCAGCGAUGGCGCCAUGCCCAUGCCUGGACGCAGUGGCAAUUAGACCAGUCAUAGCGAUCGUCAAAUAGGGAACAUCGAGUUCCGUGUGCUACCACUGUCUAUAUGUAGCUCACGAACGUCGGGAAAAGCACGAAUUUUAGCACUCAAGAACAUGGAAC